AGGGGCUGCAGUAAGGGGCAGGUGGCUCCCAGCAGGGUUUGAGUUGUCGGUCCGCAGCACAGAAAAACCAGAAGCGAAUGCGGGGUCCUGAGUGCCCCCUCCUUUCCCAGCCCCACAGUAAGGAGCAAAACCUCAGUGCAUUGUCCAAAAUCCCGGAGAAACAAAGCCCAGCAUUGCCUGCCAGAGGCAGGUGCUGGCCCCCUCUCAGGCYACUGAGUUAUGUGAGCAGCAGGAAAAGCAUUUAAGUCUGGCUGGCAGAGCAAACUGAUGGAAUUGGAGCUGGAAAGAGAUGCACCUCAGGAUACCAGAGAACAACCAAGAACUCCAAAUGCAGUGCAUCCACAUCAAGUCUGUCAUCUGGAAUCCACAGUUUGUCAGCUCCGUUCCGAGUUAGGAGAAGUGAAGAGGAUCUAUSAAAAGAAGGUCGAAGACCUUGAGAAACGGUUGCACCUGGCUCAUUCUGAGACAGCAGAAGCUCAGACAGAUCAGGUGCAACAUGGCCAGGAAUCUGGAAAUCCUAAUGACCAGCUUCAUCAAUUGUUGGCUGGACUCCAUAAAAAAGAGUUGGAACUAAGCCUAGGAAGAGAGCAGAACAAGCGAUUUUGGGAUCGGAACACAAACAACAGCAUCAGCAUGGUCCAGCUCAGGAGGCAGCUGGACAAGAGAAACAUGCAGCUGCAGAGCAUGGAAAAGGCACUGAAGGAAAUGAGGAUGGAGUGUCGCAGACAAAUGGAGGGCCAGAUGGCUGCACUUGAAGCAAAAAAUGAAAGCAUUGGGAGAAUCUCAUCUUUGACUGUCCAGCUGGAGAUGACUGAGGAAGCACUGCACAAAGUCAGGGAAGAUCUUGCAGCCAAACACAUGGAUUUGGAGGCUGCUGAGAAAACRGUGUCAGAUCUGCUGGCCUGUCUGCAGGAGAAGGAGAGAGCCCUCAGRGCUACCAGCCAGGAAAUCAGGGAGCUGCAUUCCCAGCUCAGCAGCAGGAUGCAGGAGCUCCAGCACGUGAAGAGCCAAGAGGGCUGCUUACACAAGGUGCGGUUGGAGUGUGAGACACUGAAACUGCAGGUGUUGGAAAAGGAAAGGAUCAUUGAGAUCUUCCAGAAGCAAAUUGAUAACAUGACCMACAUCGUGGGCCAGCACAGUCAGAUUGCUGGAGCAAAGGAACUUGAGAAAUCUCAGCUGGAAAAAGAAAUAAAUGACUGGAAACUCRAAGCAGAAGAGCUUAAGGUUGCGAAGGAUGAGAAAGAAGCCAGAAUAUGUGAAGUUGAGGCCAGGCUGAGCGAGCUGGAGCUGGAAAAGGUUCAACUGAYUCACACAUGCACCGAGAGGCUCCAGGCACUGAAUGAUGCAAAAUCAGAAAAAGARGAGCUCCUGCAUGAACUCCAGGCUGGCCGGAGGGAGCUGGCUGGCCUUGCAGAGGCGUUUGAAGAUUUGAAGAGGAAUUAUCAGUGUGAAAUCAAGGAGAUGGAAAAUACCGUGAACAGACUGAAAAUGCAGCUGAAAUCAGCCCAAGCUGAACUGAAASAGGCCAGGACUGCCCUAAAGACUAUGGAGGCAUCUGAUGGUAAUGCUCUGGAAGUUGCAGCGAGAAUGCAGAAGGAGAUCACAGCCAAAAGAGGACAGAUAGAUGCAUUAUGGAGCAGGAUUAAAUUCUUAGAAGAGGCAAUGGCAAAUGCAGCUAAGGAGAAGCAUUACCUCAGAGAAGAAAAUACUAAACUAAGUCAAAAAUUGAGCUGUAUUAGAGCAGAAAACAUCAGGAUUGGUGGGGACCUGGAGAUCCUGAGAACACAAGACAAACGCCUGAAAGAAAAACUAUCUAAGAUGGAGACAGCCCUUGAUAAGGCAUUGCUGCAGUUUGCCCAGUGCCAGUGCAUCAUCCAGCAGCAGCAGCAGGACGCCGUGCGCUUCAGGCUGCAGCACACCUUGGAUGUGAAGGAGCUGCAGGGCCCAGGCUACUCYUCAGCUUCUGCUUCAGGGAAACUGCAGCACUUUGUGCCUCUGUCCCACUUGUGCUCUUUCCGGCCACCUGCCCUGCACCUGCCCAGCUCUGCCCCUCAGAUGCCUUCCAAGCUGGACAUUUUGAAGGAGGAACCAUUGCAGGAUCUGAAGAGGAUUCUCCAAGAAUURACAAGCUCAGACAGUGACCUUCCCUCCGUGGAUCUUGGCAGUUAUGGUGGGAGAAAAUCCCCUUUAACAACCAUGAGGAAAACAGUGGAUCCCUCCUGCUCACAUGCUGCAGAUCUUCAGUCCCAAGAUGUUUCCCUGCUCAUUGCAUCCCUUGGAAAUGCAUCCCUCUGCUCAGCAGUGCCUCAUCUCACAUCCUCCACUGAGCAAAUCUCUCAGGAGAGCACAGACAGAGCAAGAUCUCCAGUGCACUUGCUUUUAACWACUCCCCCUGAACUUGCAGCUGGCCGUGGUUCCUCACCAGAGCACAGCCCAUCCAUGAGGAAGGCUGGCUUUCCAGAGGGAACAGCCACAGCCCCACAAAUAGCUUCUCAGCCCAUGCAAAGUAGCACUUCCACACCAAAGAGGCUACAGAACAAGAUGGAAAGCCUGCAAAACCUGGUGGAAUCAUUACAGAUGAAAAAACAAGCCACGUCACCAGUGAUCAGAACUCAGGAUGUGAAGRCAAAGAAAUCCAAGGAAAAGGAGAGAAAGCUGUACAAGUGAAGAUGCUGUAUGCAUCACUUCCAUGAAUUGGUUGCACUGAGCCCCYUAAAGAGAAAACCUAAUACCAGCCUAAUAAAUGGAGAGACU